AAAUUCAAUCCGUCGACGAUUUUGUCAAAAAAUACAUUUUUUCCUAAACAAAAAAACGCUUAAAAAGUUAAAAAAUUAAUGGUAACAGGUAUCAUGGAAGUGCAGAAGUAACAGAUUCAGCUGCUUCCCCCACUAAGCCCGGAAAUGCAUGGGGCCCCCCUGAAGUACACGAGCAAGGAGCCCCACAGAGGAUUCAUAGCGUAGACUCUAAGAUUUAAAACUAGUAAGAGAGAGGCACAAUGGGUGGCUCUGUGAGUCAAGUUUUUCGCUCAGGAAGCGCCAGGGAUGGGCACAAAGUGUCCGGAUCAACAAUUGACAAGGUUCAGACAAUCUUUGAGAUUCUCUGCUCCAACCCACGUAUAUCCAUUCACACCCUUGAAGCUCUUCUGGUGCAAAUUCCCAAAAAUGAGAACAUCCUGGCAAUUCAUUGUGAUUCUGGGUACAAUUUACUCCAGAAGAGUGUUGCAAUUAAUCACAUUGAGCUGGUACGCUGGCUUCUCCAGAGACACUGCCCGGAUGUCAAUAGAUGUCCAUGUUCCCUACCCCUACACAUUGCCUGCCUCAAGGGGCACGAAGAGUGCGUGGAGUUGCUGCUGAAGCACGGAGCGCGUAUCGAUACUGAGGCCCGAAUGUGCUUCCCCGGACUCCAUUCGCUCAACUGCGAAGAGCAAGGAAAGUACAAGAAUGUGACUGUCUGUGAUCGUCCCAACAGCAAAUUGCAGAACGCCGUUUGCUAUGCAAUUGAUGGGGAUCAGAUAAAUGUCCUGAAUAUCCUGGCGCAGAAAAUGGAAGAACCCUGGGGAUCUCUGUGCAAUAACUUUCAGAUACCCUUCCGUGUCAAGAAGCCCCUUCUGCACUUAGCCUGUGAACGGGGAGCAUGGAAGUGUGUCCAGCAGUUGGUCAUUACGCGAUCUGAUGAGAUAAAUCUCAUUAAGGAUGAAUACUAUCCCAUUCAUCAGGCCAUCUUGCAUGACACGCGCUUUCUGGAACUCCUAAUUCAGCACGGAGCUGUUACAACUGUAAGGACCUGUACGCAGCAGAUGACCCUUCUGCAUGUCGUUCUUUUGCACGCAAGGAAAUCUGCUGAGGAUGUCCUGCACACCCUGAGAAUCCUCCUCGAACGAGGUGGGUGCAAGGAGUUGAUAAACGCUCCUGAUUCCCUGGGCAAUACCCCACUUCACGCCGUGAUCGUACGGUAUGCCCUCGAAGAGGCAAAGUAUGGCUACGACAAAUGGAAUAAAUGGGAUGUCCUGCACCUUGUUCGCUUCCUACUGCAGAAUGGAGCAAAGAGCUCCAUAAAUCAGGCUGGAAAUAGUGCCCUGGCGUGCGUUUUCCGGCACAUCCGCGACUGGGAGGUGUGCUAUGAACUACUUAACAUGAUGAUAAAGGAGGAUGGAGAUCCAAACAUCGUGGGCCGAGACGGUUCGGUACCGCUAAUGGUGUGCCUUGUGCCGCUCAUCAAUAAGGAUCCAUUGCAUCAUUUUACGCAUUCAAUGAAGGUAUGCUUCCUCAACUGUAUCAGACUCUUACUGGAGCGUGGCGCGAAUCCCAAUUGCUCCUAUCGGUCCAACUUGACACCCCUUCACGUUCUCAUCUUCACUGUGAGCGAAAACUUCACACUUAACUGCGAUACGCAGAAGAGAGCAAACUUCGACUUCAUCAAGAACAUUCUGCAGUUGUUGCUGCAGCAUGGGCUGGAUUGUAAUGUCACCUCGCAGACAAUCCUUCAUUCAGUCAUGGAUAUGGUGCAGAAUGUACGCACAUGCCCCGAUAUGGCGUGCAUUCACGAACUAACACUCCUGCUGCUGCAGUAUGGAAAUGAUCCGAAUAUCAAUCUCUGCGGGAAGGUCAAUGGAACGACGGCGGAAGUUGUGAGAGCCGAUGCAGCUGAUGACAAUGCUGUGCAGGAGACAAACACUGCCCCCGCAUCAGGUCCAAGUCGUUCCAAUGAACCAUUUAGGAAUUCCUUCCGUAGCAACAGUCGCAACUACAUCCUAUUCUAUUUUAUUUCGUUAAUUACGAAAAAGGAGUUCCUACUUAUGGACAAGGAUGCCACGUACAGGCGCAUCAUCUACCUGCUGUACUACUCAAUGCAACAUGAGCCUCUCUACAAUUGCCUCAAGAGCUUACACAAUCUCUACUUGACGCAGGUGCCCACCAAGACAACUGAAGGACUCAUCAGUCUCAUUGCAACGCUCUACAAGCGCCCACGCAGCCUCAAACACAUUUGCCGCGUAACGAUUUACGAGAGCAUCAAUAGGAAGCUCGCUCAGAAUAUAAACAGACUGAAUCUGCCAGGACUUCUCAAGGACUACGUUCUAAAUUUUGAACCCUAAUUUUGUGUAUUGCGUGUACGGACCCACCUGCUCUUGUUUUAAAACUACAAAACUCUGUUGGGAACAGUUUCGAGUGGCUAAGCUAAACUUAGAGGGUGUUGAUUGUGGUUGCUAAACUAUGAAACAAUGGCGUCUUCGAAGGACGCUACAUUAAGGAAAAUAAUACUAAACAUCACGUUUUAAUUGAUUUCAUUCUUCAGGUUCAACUUUAAAAUUUAAUUUAAAGUGAAAAGUGAAUUAAUUUUGAUCUUUGAAACUUCUGUGAUAAAGAAUAUUAAAAAUUCAGUGCUACAAAAAAAAGAAUGUUGAGAACAUUAUGUUGGGAAAACAGUGCAAUAGGUGCAAUAACACUUUACUGGAACAAUGUAAAAAUUCCAUGAGAUGGCGGUAGUUGUCUGGAAUUAAUUUAAAAUGCAUUUUAGCAACUCAGCAAGAUAAAGCAACAGGAAAAGCCCUCGAAGGAGCCCUAAACUCUCAGUUGACCUGAUUUAAAAAAAAAAAAUCACAGGAACUUCCCUAAAUUCGAUAUAAAAAAGUCUACAAAAAUGAAGAAUCUUCAGGUUUAUCUGAUCAAAAUUAAAUGAAUCUGUAUGGUCAUGUAUUAAUUUGCAAUAUAUUCAAACAAAUAUACAUGAAGAAAAAUUACAAA